AUGGCUCCACUUACAGAAACCAUCUCAACGACUCAUCUGAUUGUAGGAGGCGCUGCGGCCGUCGUCGGCGCCUUUUCGCUCUAUCUCUCGACAAACACUCCCUCUGCAAAGGCAAAACGACUCGGUGCAGCCCUUCCUCCAGGUCCAAAGCCUGCGUUUUUCGUGGGAAAUCUGUUCAACUUCCCGAAAAGUAGAUGGUACGAGACGUUCAGUCGCUGGGCGGAAGAGUAUGGUGACGUUGUGUAUGUCAAUGUAAUUGGCAUUCCAAUGGUCGUUCUCAAUUCACUGGACCCAGUCACGGAGCUCAUGGACAAGCGUAUGAACAUCUACUCGAACCGUCCAUCUACGACGAUGAGCAAGCUCUCUGGACUUAGUUUUGCAACGACUCGGUUGCAACCUGGUCCAGAAUUCAACGAGCAGCGCCGAGUAUUUCGCAAAGCCAUGAACCCCCAAGCCGUCGCGGAUUACGAUAGCUUUAUCCAACGUGACAGAGACAAUCUAGUGAGGCAACUAGAUGGGUUUUCUGGCAACCCAUUUCUUCAAUUUGUCAAUGCCACCGGUGCGGUACUCACUCGUAUCGCCUAUGGGGAGCAGCUAUUCAAGGAUCAUGGCGAGGAGCUCAUUGACGUCAAUACCAAUGUGGUCACUUUGGCCACUUGGGUGUCAAGCAAGGUGUGGUUGGUGGACCUUAUUCCUCCUUUACAGUAUCUCCCGGAUUGGUUCCCAGGAGCCGUCUUUAAACGAGUUCUCCGCCAGUCCAACGAACUAGCGAGCAUGCUCAGAUACCGCGCGUACGAUAAGAUCAUGGAGAGAAUUGCUGACGGAACUGCGGAUGAAUCAAUCUUAACAAAAUAUCUGGACGAAGGUUCCUUUUCCAGAGAAAAUCUCCGCGACGCUAUUGCAGUUAUGUAUGGCGCAGGUGUCGAUACCACCUCUACCGCCUUGCUCAACUUUUUCUUUUGCAUUACACUUUAUCCCGAAUGGCAGCAAAAGGUCCACGAAGAAAUGGAUCGCGUGCUCGGUAGAGGUCACCUUCCGACGAGAGAAGAGAUUCAUAGACUUCCCAUCUUUAAUGCAGUCUGGAAAGAGGCCUUUCGGUGGAAUCCGCCCGUGCCUAUAGGAUUGCCACACUUUAGCGUAAAGGAGAAUGUAGGCAGUCAACUAUUGAUCCGUUCAAUAUUCAUCCCUUCCAAAGGGUACAUCCUCCGUGAUAAACGCAUUUGGGGUGCAGAUAGCCAAACUUUCAAUCCCGCCCGGUUCCUCCCCGAGUUCAAUCCUCAAGCCGAUCGAUUCCCUGAUAUGUGGGACAUUCCAUUUGGAUUUGGCCGACGCAUUUGUCCAGGUCGGCAUCUGGCUGAACGUGUCGCUCUUCAAUUCGCCGCUUCUGUUCUUUCGACGUAUCAAGUACUUCCCGUUAAAGGGAAGCCGCUGAAUGAUACCAUGAACUUUGAAGAUUCAGUUAUUCGGCGCGUCGCCGAUUUUGAAUGUCAGUUUAAGCCUCGCUGCCAGCAGCCUUGA